UGACCACAAUAUUGAACAGUCGAUUUUCGAUAUGCGUUUGAUUUGGUUACUCGCCUCUUUUGUGGUCCUGGCCAGUGCCGGGACACUCAAGGAUCCUCCAAGACAGCGCUACGAUAAUUUCAGUGUUUAUAAAAUAAAUAUCAAAAACAAAUUACAAUUAUCGCUUAUAACUAAAGUUUGUGAAUUAAACAAAAUGUAUGACAUCUGGAAAGAAUACGAUGAGUACUCUAAAGAGGUGCACGUAAUGGUAAAUCCCGACGAAGUUAAACAUUUCCAGCUCCUACUUAAAUUAUAUGGCAUUAGCAAUGAGUUGCUCAUACCCAAUGUUCAAAAGCUUAUCGACGACGAACAAUUUGCGAGUGCCAGAGAUAGCGGCACCUUUGGCUGGACACGUUAUCAUGAGCUGGCCGAGAUUGAGGCCUGGUUGGAUGGCAUAUUCGAGGCUCAUCCAACUGUGACCGAGGAGUUUACUGUGGGAUACUCCUACCAAGGACGUAGAAUUCGUGGCAUUAAAAUAUCGCAUGGGACAAACAAGCCAGGAAUUUUCAUAGAGUCCAAUAUUCAUGCACGUGAAUGGAUUACAUCGGCCAGUGCAACGUGGUUCAUCAAUGAGCUGCUAACCUCACAGCAGCCGGAAGUACGCAAUCUGGCGGAGAGUUAUGAUUGGCACAUUGUGCCCGUGUUCAAUGUGGACGGCUUUGAGUACUCGCAUCGUAAG